CUCCGCCUCUACAACACCCAGUUUACAGACUUUGGGAAAUGUGUGGCUGUUGUAAGUGCAUCCUUUGAAAAAGGCUAAAUUUUAGACCACAUUAACUGAAGUUCAUCUUUAGGCUUUUAUGGUGUUGAAGACACGUCCUUGUUCUGAAUUAACCCACGGAGUCCGGGGACUAUUUGCUCCAGCGGCAACACGUGGAUUCAUCGCAAUUAGGAAAAGCUUCAUAUUUUCCAGGUUAAACGGAGGAACGGAAGCAGUCGAGGAGUUUAUAGAUACCACUACACGCCCAGCUCAAAGUCAACUGUGUACAAUAUGGAGUACCUGCCGGAUAAAAACUCCAGUUAUAAAGACGUUGAGUACUGGGAUGAGAGGUACAGGACGGAGCAGCACUAUGACUGGUUGGGUAGUUUCUCCAACUUUCAGCACCUUCUGGAGAAAAACAUCAAGAAAGAAGAUUCUAUUCUCAUAUUGGGUUGUGGAAACAGCAAUUUGAGUGGAGACAUGUACAGUGCUGGUUACCAUGCGAUCACCAACAUGGAUUACUCCUCUGUUUGCAUCAGCGUCAUGAGUGCCAGGUACAGCAGCUGUCCUGGUAUGACCUGGCACCAGAUGGACGUGCGCCAGCUCUCCUUCUCCGAUGCAUCCUUUGAUGUUAUCCUUGAGAAGGCGACGCUGGAUGCCAUCAUGGUUGAGGAGAAGUCGCCGUGGGAGGUGUCUCCUGAAACUUCCUCUUUCAUUCAUCAAGCUCUCACAGAGAUAAGUCGCUGCUUGAAACCCGGAGGCCGAUUCAUCUCUAUUACAUUCGCCCAGCCCUUCUUCAGGAAACGCCUCUACGCCCGCACGGAGUACAACUGGUCAGUCAGACAUGGCAGUUACGGAGAGGGCUUUGAAUAUUUUGUUUAUGUAAUGACCAAAGGAGAGCAGCUCAGCCCAGAAGAUGCAGCUCUGGAAAAGAAGCUCCUGGAGGAACCUAAAUCCCAACCAUCCGGCAUUCCCACCCGACAAAAUGAAGAGAAUAAUGAUUUCCUGUGCAAUAUUACCUUGUGAUGUUGCUGGAAUGUAGACAGUCUGAUCUAUAGCUAUUAUGUCUUAGCCUUCAGAAGCAGACGUUUUGGCAAAGAGACAGAUUAUAAUUUUCAGCCUUUAAAAAUGAUUUAAACUGAAUUUUAUCUUAUUUUUUAGUACUGCAACAUUUUAGAUUUUGUGAACUUAAUAAAUACUAUUGCUACUAAAAAA